GUUACACUGUACUAACUGAAACGGUUAUUCGUCUGACGUCUGAUUGGUAACUGAUUAGUAGCUUGAAAGAAGCUUGGUGGUUAGCUGGAAUUACCGAGGAAUGAAAAUAUUUAAAUUUGAUCCAAACAAGUUGUAUUAAACUAGUAUUUCUACAAACACAACUCAUUCAAGUCGCGGUUGGCUGUGAUGAUGUCUUUUAAUGGGACAGUUGUACUAAUCUUUUGUUUAAUAAUAUUACAAACAGUGUAUGCCCAAAUCGGGAGUUCGUGUAGAACUCCCAACGGAGAAUCGGCGAAAUGUAAAUCAAUUUAUGAUUGCAAGCUCCUCCUGGAUGCUGUACAAUCGCGGAAUGCGGAGCAGCUAAGAUUCUUAAGGGAAUCGCAAUGUGGAUAUGACAGAAAACCUUUGGUGUGUUGCGGCACCAAGGAUAAUUUCUCUCCGACCAUUAGAACAGUCAGACCGACCAACCGAAAUGGGCCAGGCGUUAGGAAUCCUGCCAUUCCUGACAGGUCAAAGUGUGGUUUUCAGGAAAAAGAAAAAAUUUUUGGUGGGGUAAACACCGAUUUUAAUGAAUUUCCUUGGAUGGCGCUGUUGGAAUACAAAAAUGCCUCUAAUAGUAAGAAAUUUUCUUGUGGCGGCGCCAUAAUAUCUAAAAGAUAUAUCAUCACAGCCGCUCAUUGUAUUACUGGUGACAUCUCGAAAAAAGUUGGACAACUGGUGAACGUACGAUUGGGUGAAUGGGAUCUCAGACAAGAAGUAGACUGCGUCACAACAGCUGGAUUUAAUAUCUGCAAUAAACCUCCUGAGAAUUUUGGAAUCGAACAAACUUUGGUCCAUCCAGACUAUGACAUCAGAUCUGCUGAUAGAUAUGGUGAUAUAGCAUUGAUUAGAGUUAACAGAGAGAUCAAAUACUCAGAUUUCAUUCGUCCAAUUUGUUUGCCUUUGCCCAAUGAAGCAUCCACUGUCGGUGAAGAGUUGUACGUCGCAGGUUGGGGCAAGACGGAAUUUGUAAACUUGAAUCCUGUCAAAUUGAAACUAGGCGUACCAAUUGCUGAGAGAUCGCACUGCGUUAAAAACUUCAAAUCGGCUGGUGUUAAUCUGGACGAGACCCAAAUAUGUGCUGGAGGACAAAAAGGAAAGGACUCUUGCACAGGUGACAGUGGGGGACCUCUAAUGAGAACAGCCAAAAAUGAUACGGCUCAAUGGUAUAUGGAAGGUAUAGUUUCUUUUGGAGCAAAUUGUGGAACGGAAGGAUGGCCUGGGGUCUACACGAAAGUGUCUAAAUAUGUUGACUGGAUACACGAAAAUGUUAGAGAUUAGUGGAAACCAAAUGUUGUAAAAACUAUUGUAGCAAGUCCGCCUUUGUAAUUUACAUUUUAGAUUGUAAUAAAAAUUUAAGAUAUCAA